CAUAAAACCCUAAAAAUAGUGUUUUCUUUCUCUAUCCUCUCGUCUCGUUGUCCUCUCCUUCCUCUUGUUGUCGAAGAUCUGAAGAAACUUUGGAUUUUCGGUUAUGGCGUCCUAUGCCAAACCCGAGAACGCUCUGAAGCGCGCCGAAGAGUUGAUUAAUGUUGGGCAAAAGCAAGAUGCACUGCAAGCGUUGCACGAUCUAAUUACAUCGAAGAAGCAUCGCGCAUGGCAGAAGCCAUUGGAGAGGAUUAUGUUCAAGUAUGUAGAGCUUUGUGUGGACUUACGGCGUGGUCGAUUCGCUAAGGACGGUUUGAUUCAGUACCGUAUCAUAUGCCAACAAGUGAAUGUCUCUUCCUUGGAAGAGGUUAUCAAGCACUUUAUGCAUCUCUCUACUGAAAAAGCUGAGCAGGCUCGUAGCCAGGCCCAAGCAUUGGAAGAAGCACUCGAUGUCGAUGAUCUUGAAGCCGAUAAGAGGCCUGAAGAUCUUAUGCUCAGUUAUGUUAGUGGAGAGAAGGGCAAGGAUAGAUCGGAUCGUGAGCUUGUUACGCCAUGGUUCAAGUUUUUGUGGGAGACCUAUAGAACAGUGCUGGAAAUUUUAAGGAACAACUCGAAGUUGGAGGCACUCUAUGCGAUGACAGCACACCGAGCUUUCCAGUUCUGCAAGCAAUACAAACGAACAACUGAGUUUCGCAGAUUGUGUGAAAUUAUUAGGAACCAUUUAGCUAAUUUGAACAAAUACAGAGACCAAAGAGACCGACCUGAUCUGACAUUACCAGAAAGCUUGCAACUGUAUCUCGAUACAAGAUUUGAGCAGCUAAAGAUUGCCACUGAACUCGAGCUCUGGCAGGAAGCUUUUCGCUCUGUUGAAGACAUUCAUGGAUUGAUGUGUUUGGUCAAGAAAACUCCCAAAGCAUCAUUGAUGGUGGUUUACUAUGCCAAGCUAUCUGAAAUUUUUUGGAUAUCUUCUAGCCAUCUAUAUCAUGCUUAUGCAUGGGUCAAGCUUUUCAAUCUCCAGAAGAGUUUUAAUAAGAACUUAAACCAGAAGGAUCUGCAGUUAAUUGCAUCAUCAGUUGUUCUGGCUGCACUUUCCGUUCCUCCAUAUGAUCGAAGGCGUGGUGCAUCUCAUAUGGAGCUUGAAAAUGAGAAAGAGCGCAACUUCAGGAUGGCAAAUCUCAUAGGGUUUAAUCUUGAGCCUAAAUUUGAGAGAGGAGAAGUGCUUUCACGGGCAUCCCUUCUAUCAGAACUGGUUUCAAAAGGGGUACUAAGCUGUGCAACCCAGGAAGUAAAAGAUCUUUACAAACUGCUGGAGCAUGACUUUCUACCUUUAGAUCUUGCCUUGAAGGUACAGCCCUUGCUGACAAAAAUUUCAAAAGUUGGGGGUAAGCUGUCUUCUGCUUCUUCUGUACCAGAAGUUCAACUAUCUCAAUAUGUUCCUUCUCUGGAGAAGCUUGCCGCUCUGAGGUUGCUUCAGCAGGUUUCUCAGGUUUAUCAGACAAUGAAAAUUGAAUGUCUAUCACAAAUGAUCCCAUUCUAUGAUUUUUCUGUUGUUGAGAAGAUUUCUGUGGAUGCCGUUAAGCACAAUUUUGUUGCAAUGAAGGUUGAUCAUAUGAAGGGUGUUGUACUCUUUGGUAGCCUUGGUAUCGAGUCAGAUGCUCUUCGUGAUCACUUGACCAUUCUUGCUGAAAAUUUAAAUAAAGCAAGAGCCUUGAUAUAUCCUCCUGCUAAGAGAGCAUCUAAAUUGGGUGAAGUGCUUCCUUCUUUAGCGGAUGUUGUGGAUAAAGAACAUAAAAGGCUUCUUGCUAGGAAAUCAAUUAUUGAGAAGAGGAAGGAAGAACAGGAACGUCAACUUUUGGAAAUGGAACGUGUUGAAGAAUCAAAGAGGCUUAUAGAGCAGAAGAAAACUGAAGAGGCAGAGAAGAAGAGGCUUGCGGAUGAGAUUGAACAACGAAAGCUUUUUAGAAUUCGCAAGGAAAUAGAAGAGAAGGAGCAAGAAGAAGCUCAGGUUCUACUUCAGGAGACAUUACCUGGCAAGAAGUGGGCCAAAAAAAUUCUUGAAGGAGAUGAAAAGAUUUCAAAGCAAAAGUUGAUGGAGCUGGCACUGACUGAACAACUCAGAGAGAGGCAAGAAAUGGAGAAGAAACUGCAAAAACUGGCAAAAACAAUGGAUUAUUUGGAAAGAGCUAAAAGGGAGGAAUCUGCCCCCUUGAUUGAAGCUGCUUUUCAGCAACGAUUGGUGGAAGAGAGGAUACUUCACGAACGUGAACAAGAGCGGGAGAUUGUGGAAAGCAAACAACGUCAUCAAGGGGACCUUAAGGAGAAGAAUAGACUGUCACGCAUAUUGGAUUACAAGGUGAUUUUUCAAGAACGGGUGAUGAGUCGCAGGCAAGAAGAGUUUGACAGAAGAAGAGUUGAACGAGAGGAGCAAAUCAGUCAAAUGAUUCAGGCUCGGAAACAGGAAAGAGAGGUUUUAAGAAAGAAAGUAUUUUAUGUGAGGUCUGAGGAAGAAAGACUGAGAAAGCUUCGUGAAGAAGAGGAAGCUCGCAAGCGUGAAGAGGCUGAUAGGCGCAAGAAAGAAGAAGCUGAACGCAAAGCAAAAUUGGAUGAGAUUGCUGAAAAGCAGCGCCAAAGAGAACGGGAACUAGAAGAGAAGGAAAGGCUAAGGAAAGAAGCUUUGUUGGGGAGAUCGACUGAUGGGCUUUCGAAGCCUCCCGAGCCUCUUGCUGCUACCCGUCCGAGCGAGACUACAGCUGCUCCUGCUAUUGCAGUUGCUGCUGCUAAUGGUGCUGGCACAGCUGCACCUGCCGCACCACCACAAACUGGUGGAAGGUAUGUGCCUCCUAAGCUGCGGAGGCAGGGCGCUGAAGGAUCUGGACAGGCCCCUCCAGAAACUGAUCGUUGGGGUAGCCGGCAGGAUGAUCGUGAUCGGCCAUCACAGCCACCUGGUGACAGGUGGCGUAGUGGUGGUGGUAGCGAUGACCGAAGACCUUCAUUUGGUGGCCCGAGAUCCACUUCUACUUGGUCAUCAUCUAGGUCUUCUCGUGGGUCGGAACGUUGAGCACCUGAAAGUUUGGUGUUGUAUUUGCUUGAAGGUGGGCCAAUUUUGAUUGAUCAUAUGCUUUUGGACGUUCUGGUGGACCCAAGAUAAUAACCGAGUAUUUAAGACCUGUUAAAAUCUUUUUUUGUUCUUCUCUUCCUUUAUGUUUCCAUGAUUUUCUUUGCCAUCAUGCAAGUACUACUACUACUCAUCAUGAUAUUGGAAGCUCUCGUUGUAAUCUUUGAGGAGUUAACCGAGUUUUUAUUAAUUUAUUUGUUCUUAAUAACUAAGGAUAUUGUUUUCUUUA